ACAGCGGCCCCAUCACAUUUUGUUCCUUUGCAUGUGUCAGCUGGGAUUUUUUUCCCUGCCAAAUCACUGGAGUUAUUUUUGCGUGUUCUAAACUUUGCGAAUCAACGUAUUUACACUAAAGCUCGUGAUUUAUUUCUCCAGUCAACAGUCUAACGUAAUUAUGUCCGAAUUAGAGAAGUCAGGAAUGGAAAGUAAACGAAACUGAAGACGAUUAGGGUUUUAGGCUCGGUUUGUCACAGUGAAAAUGGGAAAGAAGAGGGGAAAGGACAAGACCUCCAAGGAGGAUGAUGAGCUUGACCUGACAGUUCCAUCCUGCAGGCAUAUUAAGAAGGGAACAGACCAAACUCUCCUCAAGAAACUUUCUGGUACCUCAGAUUGGACGAGUUGUCAGGAUUGUAAGCAGGAAGAAAAUAAAGAAAAUAUCAACAACCAUCUGCCACAGGAGGCUGAGGAAGAACAAGAAACAGGAUUGUGGAUGUGCUUGAAAUGCGGCCAUAGAGGAUGUGGACGGAAUUCUGAGAAUCAGCAUGCCAUCAAACAUUAUGAAACUCCCCGGUCUGAUCCACACUGCUUGGUGGUCAGCUUGGAUAACUUUAGUGUGUGGUGUUAUAUAUGUGAUGAUGAAGUCCAUUACUCCAGAACAGGGCAUUUGGCUCAGCUAGUAACCAACCUGAAAAAGCAAACAUCUUCAGAUUCUAUAAAACGACCACAGAAAAGGGUCAAGGAGGAAGAUGCCUUGAUGGAAGCUAAACAGAAGGCGGAGACUGUAAAAGAAGAUGAAAAUGAGGACAAGGAAAACAAAGAAAACGGGGAUCACCAAAAGAAAAACACAAAGAAAGAGACUGUUGGGAAAUCUCAGAAGAAGAGCACAACUGAAGAGCAUUGUGGUGUUUCAGUAAAGGGUCUGAGCAAUCUGGGAAACACGUGCUUUUUCAAUGCAGUCAUCCAGAAUCUGUCUCAAACACAACUCUUAAGACAGACUCUCAACAAAGUGACAGAAGAGAAAAGUCUCAACAUUAAACCUGGUGCUUCCUUAGAUCUGGAGCCUAUAGAAGUGCAGUUAGACGGUCCCGGAUCUCUAACUUUGGCUAUGUAUCACCUACUCUGUGAGAUUCAGGAAUCGAAGAAGAGUGUAGUAACACCACGGGAGCUGUUCACACAAGUUUGUAGAAAGGCUGCCAGGUUCAAAGGAUUUCAGCAGCAAGAUAGCCAGGAGUUGCUGCGCUACCUGUUGGAUGGCAUGAGAGCUGAGGAGCACAAUAGAAUAAGCUCGGGAAUAAUGGACACAUUGAAACAAUCUAGAGAAGGCACAGAUGGAGAGCUGAAAACGCUACUAAAAGAGUAUGAGAAAAAUGGAUUUCUAAAAAACUUUGUUGACCAAGUUUUUGGUGGUGAAAUUACCAGCACUAUAAUGUGUCAGCAGUGUAGAACGGUUUCUGUGGUCACAGAGAUGUUUUUAGAUCUUUCCCUUCCUGUUUCUGAUGAGGCAUAUAGAAAGAAGAACCAAAAAAAGAAGACCAGUGCUUCAAGCCAGGAUGACAGCAGCAGCCCUGUUCGGACUAGUGGGAAUGAUGACAUUCCCACUGGGGCUGGCAGCAAGUACCAGCAGAAGAAAGCCAAGAAGCAAGCAAAGAAGCAGGCAAAGCAUCAAAAAAGACAGCAGAAGCUUGAGGGUAGAGCCACUUUGGACAGUCUCACCUCUCCCAGCCAGGCUGAGAGCGAACACACAGAUGCUACAGCAGAUUCAAAGGACAGGGAAAACACUGAUAAUGAAACACUUGAAGAAGAUUCACAACAUCCUGCUCCAGUCAGUGUGUCUGAAGAGGACCAAAAGCCCUGUAACGCAGUGCAGGUGGAGCAGGAAAAAGAAGAGGAUGAGGAUUCAGCGAGUGACCCUGACUCAUCAGUCAGCAACCGGUUUACUGCCUUAUCAGUGGAGCAGGACUCAAAGGACAGCACCGUAUGCAAUGAAAUGUCUAACAUGGGUCAUGAAGAAGACAAGACAGAAGAGGAAGACACACAGCUGGUGAGGAAAAUGAGUAAAGUAACCUUGGAUGAUGCCUUUAUAGAAGACACUGACACAAUGGAACAAAGCAUGGAGAGUGAAGAUGGAGUGAUGGAGACUAAGGAAUAUACAGUAAUCAACCAAGAUCCAGAGCUGGCCUUCCACACGAUGGCUGCCAGGACAAUCCCAGAGAAACAGGAGUGUUCAGUGCAGUCGUGCCUUUUUCAAUUCACAGAAGUAGAAACCCUCACACAAAACAACAGUUUACUUUGUGUCACCUGCACCAAACGGCAGCUGGGGAACAACAAGUCUGGAGGAUCCAAGAAGAAUAUCUACACUGAUGCCUUGAAGCAAAUCCUUAUCUCCUCUCCACCUUCAGUCCUUACUCUUCAUUUAAAGAGAUUUCAACAGAAUGGCUACAGUAUUUGUAAGGUGAACAGACAUGUCACCUUUCCUAUGAUACUGGAUCUAGCUCCCUUCUGUGCAGUCAAAUGCAAGAAUAUCCCAGAGGGACAUAGUCAGAUCUUAUACGGUUUGUAUGGCAUCGUAGAGCACAGUGGAACAAUGAGGUCAGGUCAUUACACGGCCUAUGUGAAAGUGCGGCCCGAGUGCCCUCAGCCCUCAUCCAAUGGACUUACAGACGGAGAUGCAGAGCCAUCCAGAGGAUCCUGGUUCCACAUCAGCGACACAAGCGUUCAACCUGUGAGUGAGAGUAAAGUCCAGAGCUGCCAAGCCUACCUCCUCUUCUAUGAAAGGCUCCUCUAAUUGUGCAUCACCACUCAGGAAAUCCAAAUAAACCAAUGCUGCUUCAGUUUCACCUUCUAAGGGAUCUCAAAGAAUAUUUCCGCCUGUACCUGUUCUGUCAGUGUCUGAAAUUGUAUGACAGUGUCUGAAAUAUUAAACAGGUCAUUUUUAUCAGUCUCAUACCAGUACAGAAAACCUAGUUGGACAAUGAAUUGACAAUAUGGAACUGGAAGUCACAGUUUCAGUAUAUUAAUGAAAGCUUGGGUUAGAUGAUAUGUAGAUAUAUAUUUUUUCUUUUUUAAAUCAAUGUCAUGUAAUUAAAUGUUGCAAAAACAGAAA